UCUAGCAAUUGAAACUACUACCUUUACCGGUUGGAUGUUCUUAAAAAUCGAGACCCCCAUAUGUCGUCAUGAAGAUAAGCGGUUAUCGGCGGAAAAAAGUAUACAGGCCUAUUAUCUCUAUUCAACAUUUGGAUGGGCUCUUAUCGGCUCUACAGAGCUAUCGAGCAGGUUUUUGAGAAAGCAAUUCGAAUUAGAUUCGCAGUCAGUUGAUACGAAUAUGGUACGACGGUGUGGGAGUGCGUUUUGAGCUAGAAUAAAUUGUUUAAUUCAAUUUGAAAAUCACAUUUCAAGAUGGCUGCAAAUGAUUUGCUUAGACAGUGUAGAGAUGGUAUCUUGAACAACAAAUUGGCGACGAUCCUCAGUGUAGCACUGUUCGCUUUUAUAAUUUCGACCAUUGCGCUUGCCAGUUCCAAUCAAAGCAAGAAGGAAUCCAUUCGGGAGUGCCGGGCAGAACUCGCGGAUACGUCACCACUCUGCUCGGUAGCUCCGGCGAAGGAUCUACCUCAGAACGAACCAGUAUACUUAAAACACGAAGGCACAUCGUUCAAGCUGUGGGCUCCAAAGGGAUCGACGUUGGUGUGGAAUAGAACAAGCGAACAAACCGCGCUGCUGUGCUCGGGAACGGGAAAUGGUCUGGAACAAACUGGGACUGUACUGACUGAGAAGACCUGUCUUCGAGGAUCGCAAUUUACGGUGGCAGGGGAAACCGUUAGUGCAAAAGAUUUGAAAUGCAAGGUCGCUGUAGAUGGAGAUGCUGCUACAAGUGAAAGCCCGUGUGGAAAUGGGCGAGGUUUUCUAAAUAAACUGGGAUUCAACGCCGAAGCCAGUGGGUUUAUUACUUAUAUUGAUGCCUGUUUUGACACUGCCAGAUCAUCAGUUUUGUACACCAGGCACAUUCUUCCGGGAGCUGCCAUUGCAAAUGCCGUUGUUGCUGAUGAUUUCCAAACCUGGAGAAGCGAUGGAAUUGGAGAUAAAGUUAAACCUGACGUUUCAUACACGCAAGCGGCGCAAGUUGAACGGUUGACAGUGCUUUUGGGAUCCAAGGAUCAGGCGGAAAAAUUUGUGAAAACAGGAACCGUAUUCCUGAACAAAGGUCACCUAACACCAAGAGGCGAUGGUGUGUUCCACACUUGGAAGCAUGCAACCUUCUUCUACACAAAUGCAGUUCCUCAGUGGAAUGCCAUCAACGAAGGAAAUUGGAAUAGCGUAGAAUUACGCACCAGAAACAUUGCUUCGUUACUUCAGGAAGAUAUGCUUGUGAUUCAGGGAACAUUCGGGGUCCUAUCUCUACCGCAUUUGACGAAUGAAAUGAUACCUAUUUCAUUGGAACUCGCCGGAAUCGACGUUCCACUAUGGAUGUGGAAGAUUGUCAAGUCACCUAGCCGCAACGUUGGGAUUGCUUUUGUCACGUUGAACAAUCCUCAUGAGACAACACUGUCGGAAUCACAACUCCUAUGUCCAAAUGUAUGCGAAAAGUAUGGCUGGACUGAAAAGGAGUAUUCCAAUUUUGCGAAGGGAUUCACGUAUUGUUGUGAUCCGAAUUCCCUCAUUAGGAGCGUGCCUCAUGCACCCGACGAGGGACUUGUUGCAGAAAUCCUAACUCCAGCGAUGUUGUCUUCCAACGGAAUUGCUUUGCAUGCGUGGGUACAUAUGUUGCUAUUUGUUGGGUUGAUUAAUUUUUUGCGAAUUACGCUCAUGCAGGCUGCAGCUCGAUGCUUGCGGGCAGCCUUUCGUUGUGUACUGGAGAACAAUUUUCAAAGCACCGCACCGAAAGGACUGCUGCUGAUGAUGAUGAUGACGACGACUGACCGGAUACUACCUCACACGAUGAUUGAACAAGCACCGUUCGGCCAGCAAAAAUCGCAUUCUCCACUUUUUCCCACCCGUAUGCCGUCCGAGGAUCUGCUGCUGACUGCAUUCACCACCAAAGACUGCAACCCGUCGCAAGUGCGAAUGUUCCCGCUGAAAUCGGAAAGUUCCUCCUCCGGAUUGGUCGAGUUCCCGAGCCAGGGCGGCGGUGAACGCCAUCAUGAAGUGCAACCACAGCGCGAUCGAUCACAAAUGCACAAAACUCCCGUUCAUUAUGAAGCUGUUAGUUGGCAGGAGAACAUUCUUUAUAGUAACUAUUCAUCAUUCAUAAUGCACUUGGCAGGACUCGGGUUCAUUCUAUUUUCUGCUGUGCUACAACCGGUUCGUUUACAAUGUAUUGUGAAUCUACAGGACCAUUUGGGACCAUUGGAACCGCUGUUCAUCAAGAACGGUCAGCUGUGGGCUCCGGAUGGACCUGAACUAACUUGGGAUGAGCAGGAAAGCUCGAUAGUGGCUUGUGCCAAAGCGUCGCUCACGAACGUGAACAACAACACUGCAUCGCUUACGUGCCUAUCCGAGCAAAAUUUUCUGGUUGAUGGUAUGCCUAUUAACUCGUCAGAAUUGGAAUGCUCUGGACGAAUGACUGGAGAAGUUGAAGAGACUGGUGACAAAUGUGGGACCAGUGGGACCUUGUUGAAGCUUGGGUUUGAUGUCGAAGGAUUGGGAUUUCUGACGUACAUCGAAUCGUGCUAUGAUAGAUCGGAGGCAUCGGUAGUUUAUACCAAGCAUGUGAUACCUGGUGCAGCCAUCAAGUAUUCAAUAAAGGAAGCUUACCGACCUGGAUUCAAGAUAGCUGGAACUUCUUCGCAUGUCAGUCCAGCGACUUCGUACACUCAGCUAGCACAAAUGGACAGAUUUAUUGAACUGCUAGGAUCUGAGGACCAAGCCAAACAGUUUCUUCAAGGUGGAUCAUAUUAUUUGGCUCGUGGCCAUUUGGCUCCGGAUGCUGAUGGCAUCUACAGAUCCUGGCAGUGGGCCACCUUCUUCUAUGUAAACGUUGCCCCACAGUGGCAGGUUGUCAACGCCGGUAAUUGGUUAGUGGUGGAAAAUCUGUCUCGCUCCAAAGCGGCCCAACUUCGAGAGGAUGUAAUCGUGUAUGAUGGAGUACAUGAUAUUCUACUAUUGCCACAUGUUGACGGACAAUCGAUACCGAUAACACUUGAAGCAGGUGGCAUCAGGGCACCGAAGUGGUAUUGGAAGAUAAUUAUAUCCCCCACCACAAGUGCUGGCAUUGCAUUCGUCACUAACAACGAUCCAUUCCGCAAAGCUAUGCCAGUGAAUGAGACGCUUUGUGAGGAUGUAUGUCAAGAGUACGGUUGGAAUUAUGAGAGAUUCGGAAAUUUCGAUCGCGGGUUCACCUACUGCUGUACGGUCGAUAGUUUGAGGGACGCGAUUGAGGAUAUCCCGAAAGAUUUUCAAGUGAACAGUGUUUUACGUAAAUGAUUCGAAACAAUAAAGCGCUAUAUCGAAAUGAUUAAUUUUAU